AUGGCCAGCAGCAAGCGCCCGCACGCCCGCCGCGACGACGCCGACAAUGCCGCCCCGUCAACUGCGCUCACGGCCGCGUCCGCGGCGCAGCUGGUCAAGCGCUCGCGUCUGACCGAGAUCGUCGCGGUCGACGCGGCCGUCGUCGCGUCCACGCGCGUGGACGACCGCACGUCGCGGCUCCCGGCGCCCACGAUGCUCCUCUCGGGCCACAGCGCCGCCGUCUACUCGCUCAAGUUCAGUCCCUGUGGACAGCACGUGGCGUCGGGUUCGUUCGACCGCAGUCUCCUGCUCUGGCACGUGACUGGCGCGUGCCGGAACUAUAACGUACUUAAGGGUCACAAAAACGCGGUCCUCGAAGUGCAGUGGACGUACGACAGCACGCAGCUCGUGUCGGCGUCGGCGGACAAGUCACUGGGCCUCUGGGACGCCGAGAGCGGCGCGCGCGUCAAGAAGUGGACGGGCCACACGUCGGUCGUCAACAGCUGCUGCCCCGUGCCGAGCGGCCCUACGCUCGUUGUGAGCGGCAGCGACGACCGCUCGGUGAAGCUCUGGGACGUGCGGUCGAAGCCCGCGGUCAAGUCGCUCGAGGGCGCGUAUCAGGUCACGGCCGUGUGUUUCCUGGCGGACAAUGCUCAAGUUGCAGCCGGCGGACUUGACGGCGAGAUCCACGUGUGGGACCUCCGCAAAGACGCCGUGGCGACGGUGCUCCAGGGCCACGCCGACGUUGUCACGGGCGUGAGCCUCAGUCCGAACGGCGCCUACUUGCUGUCGAACGCUAUGGACUCGACCGUGCGCAAGUGGGACGUCCGGCCGUUCGUCACGGGCGAGCGCCUCAAGACGACGUUCAUGGGCGCCAAGCACAGCUUUGACCGCACGCUCAUUCGCUGUGGCUGGUCGGCCGACAUGCGCUAUGUCGCGAGCGGCUCGGCUGAUCGCAACGUGUACAUUUGGGACGCCGAGACGGGCAACUUGCGGUACCUGUUGCCAGGACACACGGGCAGCGUGAACGAGGUGACGUUCCACCCGACAGAGCCGAUCGUGGGCUCGUGCAGCAGCGACAAGACCAUUUAUCUGGGCGAGCUGGCCGAGCUAUAA